AUGAUUGUUAAUUAUGUCUCAGUGUCCGUAACUGGAUCUGCUGAAAUAGUGGAAGGUGAUUCAGUGACUCUGAUCUGCAGCAGUGAUUCAAACCCACCUGCUCUGAACUUCAGCUGGUUUAAGGAGGAUGAAUCCUCAGCUGUUGGAUCUGGACAGAGUUUCAGUGCACUACAGAGCGGACGCUUCUACUGUGAGGCUCACAAUCAACAUGGAUCUCAGAGAUCAGAUGCUGUUACUGUCAUUGUUAAAGGAUGUCUGGUGAUAUUGUACAUAUCCAUUGGAGUGGUUUGUGGAGCUGCAGUUAUCAUCAUGAUGUUGCUGAUUCGGAGAAGCAAAAUGAAAAAGAGAAAAGACACACUUGAAACUCAGAUGAAUAUUUCCAGACCUGAUUAUGACAGACGUUCAACAUCUGAUGUUGAGUCACAUGAACCUUUGUAUGGGAAUGUACAGAUGAAUCAUUCCAAACCUUGUGAUACUGAGAUGACUGAACCUGUGUAUGAAAAUACAACGGGUGACAGGCCGUAGUGUUUGGGACACAUGGCAAAACAUUUUACAGCCUUUUUCUGUCUCUCUGUCAGUGGAGCCCUGAAUGAUUGACAGCAGUUUUUUGAUUUGCAUAAAUUAAUUUAGCAGUUAGUUUCAUCCAAAGUGACUUACAAAUGUUAAAGUUGUUGUAAUUCUUUUUGACUGUAGUAAAGCAUAAACAUAUUGUAUGAAUUAGUAGGAAAACAAUCUUCAUUUACAACAAUCAAAAACUACAUCUAAAAACUAAUAUAAUCAUGUAAGAUCUCU